GACGCCCUGCGGCUGGUGGGCAUGGACCCGGCGCGUGCCAAGAUCUUGGUUCAGAGAUUUUCCGCGGACCCACACCAGAGGUUUGACUCUGGUGGGUUCCUGCGCUUCUUGGAGGAGGGUGUCGAGGGACCCAAGGUUGGCAAAGCCACCGCGCCCGAGACAUCGGAGAGAAAGCCCUUCGACCUGAUUGUUCUGGGUGCUGGGCCAGCGGGUGUAAAGGCCGCCAUCGAGGCUGCUAGCCGUGGCUAUCACGUCGGCGUGGUGGAGCCCCAGGAGAAGCCCACUGGAGCGCCCACCGGUGCAUAUUCUAAGUGCAUCCGGGAAGCGGUCAUGGCCAAGAAGUGGACCUGGCCGGAGAUCCACGACAUGGUACAGAAGAUCACUGCACAUGCCCACGAGAACACGAUGCGUCUGCUGCAUGUGUUCCACAUCGAUGUGCUCGUGGGGGCAGCGUCCUUCGUGGACACGAAGACGGUCUCCAUCGCAGAGCCGGGCGGCGGGGUCAAGACCUUCGAAUCCUUUGCCUUCGUCGUGGCAACGGGAUCUAAGGCCAAUCGCCUCCCGAUGAUUCCUUUCGAUCUCCCCGGCGUCUACGACUCAGACACCAUCAGCCAGAUCGACUUCAUUCCCAAGUCCAUGGUGGUGCAGGGUGCCGGGAUCAUAGGCUUGGAGUAUGCCAACAUGUUCGCCAAACUGGGGGCGCGGGUCGUGGUGGUAGAAUUUGCGGACAAGAUGCUACAGAUGCUGGAUCGCGAGCUGCAGGCAGCGCUGCUUGCAGAUCUCGCCGCGAACAACGUGGAAAUCCUGCUAACGACUUCCAUCUCGACUGUGCGAGAGGUGGAGGGGAGCAUCCGGGGCAAACCCUCCCUCAUCGUGGAGACCUCUCGAGGUCGGGGGCGACAGUACCGCAAACCAAGCAUGCAGCACGAGGAAGGGGGUAAAUCAACUAACAUGCAUGUAUUGAUGGAGGAGCACAUCUACGCCGUAUGUGCGCACUACACACCCGGCCCCAAUGUGCAUACCCUCGGUCAGCCCUGGGACUCCUGCGAAGACAUGGCACAUUGA